AUGGCGAAAGAAAAAGCACCAGCCAGUACGAAUGGCGUCACAGGGUACGGCAACAAACCGCUAAGCCGCCCAGCCCAUGCACUGGCCUGGGAAACAGUCGCCCAUGAACUGGACACAAAUGCUCAGAGUGGUUUGACAGCUUCUGACGCACAUUACCGGCUCGAUCAAUACGGGGGUAAUGACAUUGGGAAUGCCUCGUCCAUGAGUGCAGCUAGAGUCCUGCUCAAGCAGGUGGCUAACGCCAUGACUUUUAUCCUGAUCCUGGCGACUGCGGUGAGUCUAGGUAUCAAGGCCUGGAUCGAAGGCGGUGUUUUGGGAGCCGUUGUGCUCAUCAAUAUUGUUGUGGGGUUUAUACAAGAGUUUCAGGCUGAAAAGACCAUGGACUCUCUUCGCACGCUGAGCUCGCCCACGGCCUCCGUUGUUCGGGACCAGCAGGUACUCUUGACACAGACAGCGGAGAUUGUCCCAGGUGAUCUGGUCGAGAUUAAGACGGGGGAUACAAUUCCCGCUGAUGUUAGACUCAUAGAAGCGUUGAACUUCGAGACAGAUGAAGCCUUACUCACCGGCGAAUCCCUCCCCGUUCGAAAACUUGUUUCAGACACUUUCGACGAUGACACUGGACCCGGCGACCGGUUGAAUAUCGCAUACAGCUCUUCUACCGUGACAAAGGGACGGGCAAAGGGCGUUGUGUUCGGCACAGGCAUGCAUACUGAGAUCGGGUCCAUCGCUGCGGCUCUUCGAGAAAAGGGCUCCGGUGGAUUGAAUGUGCAACGCAGGUCGGAUGGCUCUGCAAGUGUUUGGAAUUAUACCAUCGCUGUCUUUAUGGUUAUUGCCUCCUUCAUAGGAAGCUUUCUUGGGACUAAUGUUGGGACACCCCUGCAACGGAAACUCUCUCGGCUUGCAAUCUUCCUGUUCUUCACGGCGGUUUUGUGCGCUAUUAUCGUUCUCGGAGCGAACAGAUUCGAUAGUCAGCAAGAAGUCAUUAUAUAUGCAGUGGCUACUGGACUUAGCAUGAUUCCUUCGUCGUUGGUUGUGGUUCUGACCAUCACCAUGACUAUUGGCACAAAGCGAAUGGUCGAGAGACAGGUCAUCGUGAGGAAUUUGAACUCGUUGGAGGCGCUUGGGGCGGUCACCGACAUCUGUUCCGAUAAAACUGGGACCUUAACGCAGGGGAAGAUGGUGGCUAAGAAGAUCUGGAUUCCCUCCCGCGGAACGUAUUCGGUCGGCGAGUCAAACGAACCCUACAAUCCGACAAUCGGUGGACUUAGAAAUGACCCAAACGAGCCGCGACAUAUCGAUUUCACCAAGUCUGUUGAAGAAAAUCUGGACUCUGCUGAACGGUUCCUUGAAGGAAAUCCGGAGCUAGAGGAAUACCUCAAGACAGCCUCAUUUGCUAAUCUCGCCGUGGUGUUCAGGGAGGACUCCAGAGAAUGGAAAGCGCGAGGAGAUCCCACAGAGAUCGCGAUUCAGGUCCUGGCCUCCCGCUUUGGAUGGAAUCGCUUGAACUUUACGGAGGGUGAGGCUCCCUCGUGGAAGCAGGUGGCCGAAUUUCCGUUCGAUUCGGACGUCAAGAAGAUGUCCGUGAUAUUCGAAGAGACUUUAACCGGCAAGAGCCAUGUGUUUACGAAAGGUGCAGUCGAAAGAGUCAUUGCUUCCUGCACAUCUGUUCACACACAUGUCGGUGGCCAAGCUGAUCCGUUGAACGAGAAAAUUAGAGAGGAUAUUGUUGCCAAUAUGGAGGCUAUUGCCGCAUUGGGACUUCGGGUGCUCGCACUCGCCAGCAGAGAAUAUCACGACUCGAUCGGCGACUCGCAAGAUUUUAAAAGAGAUGCAGUCGAGACAGACCUAGUCUUUCGCGGAUUAGUCGGUUUAUACGACCCUCCGCGACCAGAAUCUGCUCCUUCUGUUCGUCGCUGUCAUGAAGCCGGGAUAUCUGUCCAUAUGCUGACGGGAGACCAUCCUGGUACCGCACGAGCGAUCGCCUUGGAUGUCGGAAUUUUACCACCGCGCAUCAACGAGCUGAGUAAGGACGUUGUUGAUGCAAUGGUGAUGACGGCUCAUCAAUUUGACAAACUAUCGGAUGAGGAGGUCGAUGCUCUGCCGACCUUGCCCCUGGUGAUCGCGAGAUGCGCUCCAAGCACGAAAGUACGAAUGAUCAAAGCCUUGCAUAGACGGAAGAAAUUUGCGGGAAUGACCGGUGACGGUGUUAACGAUUCUCCCUCCCUGAAAGAUGCAGACGUGGGCAUUGCAAUGGGUCAGGCUGGAUCUGAUGUCGCCAAAGAUGCCUCGGAUAUUGUUCUGACUGACGAUAACUUUGCCUCGAUUCUUAACGCUAUCGAGGAAGGGCGGCGGAUGUUCGAUAAUAUUCAGAAGUUUAUCCUCCACGUGUUGUCCCAGAACUUUGCACAAGCUCUCGUUCUUCUCGUCGGACUUACAUUCAAAGACUCGCAGGGACUGUCGGUGUUUCCACUAAGUCCCGUCGAAAUUGUUUGGCUAGUCAUGAUUACUUCCGGGCUACCGGACAUGGGACUAGGCUUUGAGCAAGCAACGACUGAUAUCAUGUCCCGACCACCGCGAAGUAUCAAAAAAGGCAUCUUCACCCUUGAAAUCAUGAUCGACAUGAUUGUCUACGGGAUUUGGGUCGCCGCCCUAUGCCUCGGCGCAUUCACCCUCGUCAUGUACGGCGUCGGCAAAGGUAAAUUCGGCAACAACUGCAACAACGAGCUCGAGGGAUGCGAGAUCGCCUUCCGCGCCCGCGCCACAACAUUCGCGUGCCUGACCUGGUUUGUGCUCUUCUUGGCUUGGGAGAUGAUCGACAUGCGUCGGUCAUUCUUCAAUAUGCGUCCCUCAUCCUCGCACAGCUGGACGCAAUUUGCGCGCGAUAUCUGGCAGAACCAGUUCCUCUUCUGGGCUAAUAUCUCCGGCUUCGUAAUGGUGUUUCCGUUGAUUUAUAUCCCUGUUAUCAAUACGAAGGUGUUUCGACAUACCGGCAUCUCCUGGGAGUGGGCGAUUGUUACCGUGGGGACAUUGUUGUUUUUUCUGGGUGCUGAGAGCUGGAAGUGGGUGAAACGGGCGUAUUUCCGGCGCGUGGCGCAGAUGGAUGGGCAGCGCGUUGGCCAUGCUCGGGUUUGA